AUGAUAAAAGUCAUCACAACACUACAUGAAUGUAUCAGAAAGUCACGGCCAAAUCAUUUCAAGGUCGGAGUGUCUGAUCCACAGGAAGGAGAUAUAGUUCUUCUAGGUGGUAAUACCGCUAACCAAGGCAGGAUUGAACUCUACCACAACGGUAGCUACGGUAAUAUAUGCGGGAAAAAAUGGAACUUCGACGAUUGUUCAGUUGUUUGUCGGUCGUUAAAUUACAGGUUAUGUUACAAUCAUCACCGAUACAGCGAAUACGGGAAGGGUAACGGUCCCCUGUUGAUGUAUAAUGUUGAAUGCACAGGAUACGAAAGCACGUUGAGUGACUGUACACAUAGUGGAUGGGGGAACAUACACGAAGAUUGCUAUAUUCGAGUUCAAAUAGCUAGCGUGGAUUGCAGGGAUACUGUUCUAGAUAUACGCUUAAUAAAUGGACAACAUCCGAACGAAGGGCGGGUGGAAAUGUUCGACGGGGGAAGAUGGGGAACAGUCUGUGACUACGGAUGGAGCAUUGAUGAUGCAAUGGUUGCGUGCCGCCAAAUUGGAUACGCAUCUGCUGUUGAAGCAUUUUCUGGAUCUAAAUUUGGCUCUGAUAAUUCGCUUGUGUAUGUUUCCUAUAUGAAUUGCUUGGGCUCUGAGGAUACACUAAGUGAUUGCUUACAUAACGGGAUUGGUAGAUCGGGUUCCUGUGAUGCAACCACAACUGCCGGUGUUCGUUGUUCGGACGAACUUAUUGAUUCUAGUGUAUCUGAUGGCGUGGUGGAAAUGAUUAAUGACGUAACUGCUCAGCAAUUCCCUGAAUUAGAAAACCUUGCAGUUGACGAAUUUAAAUAUUUUUCGACAGUGGGCGAGGGUAGUGAUCAAACCAUAGAGGGGGUGAUUAUCAAGUCAUCUGGCCAAACAAUGGACCUGACUCCAGUAACAAACAAUCAGAACGGAAUAGCGUUUGCAGUAGAAGUAAACACGAACGAUACAAUUGGAAUAAUCGUGGCUAUAUUCAGCUCUGAAAGUGUAUCACUACCCAGCCUUGCGAACUCGUAUAUUGCAAGUGACCUGGUCGCUCUCAACGUUUACGAUGCUGAAGGAAAUCAUACACGGAAGGCGAAGCCAUAUAUUGUUUUUCCUUCUUUACAGGUAAAAGAAUCAAUAGAUCAUAAAACCAUGGAACCAGUCUGCGCUUUCAUCGAUGAAGCCAAAUCCCCUAUUGAAUGGUCGGACGAAGGUUGUGUAACGACAUCAAGCGACUCUCUUACCACGGGUGUAAUUUGUUCGUGUCAACACUUAACGUCAUUUGCAAUCCUUAUGCAGACUAGGCCUAAUACGGACAUAAAGAUAGAGGACAAGGAUGCAAUGUUGGGGUUAGAUGUCAUUACGUUCACAGGAUUGUCAAUAUCAAGCGUGUUCUUACUAUUUACCAUCUGUAUAAUAUGCUCGUUCAGCGAUUUGAGGAAGUCACGACGUUAUAAAAUGUUGGGAAAUCUUGUAAUCUCCUUGCUCUUUACCAACUUUACUUUUUGUUCGCUCGCUUUCAAUAUUGAAAACAAGAUCGCUUGUUCUCUUGCUGCUGCUUGUCUCCAUUACUGCCUCUUGGCGGCGUUUUCUUGGAUGACCAUCUUGUCCACUGACAUGUACCUGUGCAUCCAACAUGCAUUUCUUGAUCCCGAGAAAAGAUUUUUAUUCUUUCAAAUAUUAGGAUGGAUGUUCCCUCUAUUAUUCGUCACUAUCACGGUUGCUGUUACAAGGGAGAACUACGCAUCCGAGAGAUGCUGGUUGAACAUUAGCAACGGAGUGACAUGGACAUUCAUAGGCCCAGUUAUGUUUACAAUUUUGGUCGUUACGAUUCAACUCAGCAUAGUUGGGUACGUGGCAUAUACAAAAUCGCAAACGCCUCACCAAAACGAUGAUGAGAAAAAUAAACUGAAGCAGAUCAAAACGUUACUGUUUAGAAUUCUUCUUUUGACUCCGGUUGUUGGACUAACGUGGAUCUUUGGUAUUCUGAGCAUCUUGCAUAGUACCUUCAUUUUGCAGUAUCUGUUUGUCAUUUCAACGUCUAUGCAAGGCUUCUUGAUCUGGUUCACACAGUGUUUUCUUAGCAAGGAGGUUAACACGGCCUGGAAUAAAUUCAAAAUGCAUCACAUGUCUAAUAGCGUCGACGCUACCAUCGAAACGGUUAGCUGAAAAUAGCAGUAAUCCCACGAACUUUCAUGGUGAUGGUCAAACGUCAUGGACGCCGCUUGACGACUGAUUGUGGCCGCAAUAGGCCCACAGAAAAAGAAAUAUUUUUUUUUAUUUGUUGCUCUUUGAUGUUUCAAAUGGUAUGUGCAAUUAUUUUGGAGUAGAGUUGGCCUGGCAAAUCAUAUAAACUCUCUGAGAAUUUGUACGUGUACUUACUGUCUGCUGUAAUAUAAAAAUAAAAUUCAAAUUCAAUAAGGAUUUAUGAUAAUUAAGCUUUCUUGAAAAGACAUGAAAUUGCGUCGGGGACAGCUACCUUAAGCUCCGUUUCCAUACAAUCGCUCACCCUUUCGCGACAGUCGCCGACAGUUGUCGAGAA